AUGCCCCUGGUCAUUUUGCUACCAGCAACUUCCCCUGCUCAUCGGAGAUGGCAUUCAAUGUUACUACUUUCCUUGAAGCAACAAGGACUGUCUGUGGACAGCCAGCAGACCACAUUGGUUCCCCUUUUCACCCAGUUGUUUUUCCAUACAAUAUAUUGGGUGAAAGUAUUGUAAAUCCACCGUGUUAUAUUGGAAAUAGAAGAGUACUUAGAAUAUUUUGUAGGGGGUCCCACUGGCAUUCAUGUAAGUGAAUGUGAUGGCUAUCUUGAAGGAAAGCCAAGGAGUCCCAUUUCUUGUCCAUGCCCUUCAACAAUCAUGGCCCUGAACCUCUUAAGGACCAAUAGCAAUUUAUGUCACAGUAACCAUCAGUAUCUGAAAAAAACUAUGCUAGCGUAGAAUGUAGUAACUGCCAAAAACUUAUUUGCAAGGUAUGCAACAGGAUAAUCCAGAUUUAUCUGUAAGAAUAAGAAACCCACAUUGCCUCUGCCCACUCUUCAAUACAACUUGCCAGGUCUGGGAGUGCAACUACAUAUAGAUACAUGUAAUUAAAAUAAAGAGAAGAUUCUUUCACACUCCCUUGGUCCACAGCAAAUAAGAGCAUAAAGCAGUGUUCAGAGGUGGAAGUAGCACUCAUACAUACAUUCUGAGAUUGGUUUUGGAUUCCGAAUAUGCACAGACCAAAACAGUUAAUUCUUUAGAUGUAAGGUAUUAUGUUAAAACGUUACUAAAAAGGUUACUAGCUCACCAUAAAAUACCCAAAUCGAUUGCUUCACAUGCUUACAAAUUAUUACUUCCCCAGCUUAAUUUUGUUAUGAACAAGAGUAUAAACGGUGACAAGAUUUAGAACCUGCUUGAGUUUCCGAAUGUAGACUUAAACUGAUUAAAAAUAUACUCAACUAGUCCAUGUUUGUUUAAAUUCCCCACCUAUUUCCCAUAUAGCCUUAUUGAACCAUUGGGUUAAAGUGAAGCAAUGUGACCUAUCUUGGGCAUACUGAUUUUAACAAACCCCAGUAGAAGAAAGAAACUCCCAACUUUUCUAUACAAUUACUUUGUUACUAUGUUAGAUUUAAGUCCAGUGGCAGGGCUCUCCACUUUUUGUUUUUUGUUCCAGUGUGUCCAACUACAAAUCUGUAACUCUCAGCCUAUGAUUAAUUUCUACAUUUUGUAAAGCAAUCUGAAUAAGAGCAGUAUAUAAGAACUGCUAAAUAAAUAAAUUAAUUAAUAAAGAAGCUUUUCAUAAAGGCAAAAUGAGCUAAAACUUACUGUCUCAGACCAUGAGUGUUCUAAUAUUAUUAUUGACAAUUUACGCACUUUGUACAACUUUUAAAUGUAAAAUUAAUAUGUAUUUCUGCUCAUUUGAUUCUAGAACAUUCACAAUAGUUUUUAUUAGAUUUCAUGCUCUCAUUGUAUCAUCUAGAAUUUAAAAAAAAUACUUUAAGAUAUGUUAAAAAGUUACAUUUUAUAUUUAUUUUUUUAUUUUCCUUCGAAGAAAACAAGCUUUUUUUGUGCUAAUUUCUAUUUAACUUUUAGUUGUCAUAAGCGUAGAAACCAAUCCGAGAGGAAAAGCUCUGGGUGUUUCAACUCAGUAAUUUCUGACAUCUGGAUAUGUUUCAUUGCAGGUGGUUGGGUGUCACAUCGUUUGGGGUUCCUGAGAAAUUAGGAUGCAGCAAUCUUCCACUGAGCUCCCGCCAGAGGGAAAUGUGUAAAAAGAAACCCUACCUACUGUCGAGUAUCCGUGAAGGUGCCAGACUCGGAAUCCAAGAGUGCAAAAACCAAUUCAAAUACGAGAGGUGGAACUGCUCCAUCUCACCCAACAUUUAUACCUCAAGCCAAACUUUCUCCCUCUCAUUUGUAUCGUCAUCACUAUCAUCAGCCAAUUCACUCUUUGGCUAUGAGCUGAGUAGCGGUAAGUUGCCAUUGAUUUUAAGAGUUUGUUUUUGUGUAAACUUGUUGGUCACAUUGUCUGAUCUUUCACCCUCAUUCUGAGCUGUUGGAAUAGAGAGAACUGUAACAUAAGCUUUGUUCUGGUGCAUCCAGACAUCACUUGGUCACCUGAAGCUCUUCUAGUGAGAUUAUCUGGUCCAAGGGAUCAUUGAACAAAAUGUGUAUGACAGUCUUUGUGGUUAAUAUAUGGUUUGUCUAACGCUGAGCCAGGGACACUGAGUUAUAGAACUUAUGUUGCUUAGGAAAUAUAUUCAAUAUAGUUGAAUAUCUAUCUAUCUAUCUAUCUAUCUAUCUAUCGAUCUUUCUAUCUAUCUAUCUAUCUAUCAUUCAUCUAUCUAUCUAUCUAUCUAUCUAUCAUUCAUCUAUCUAUCUAUCUAUCUAUCCAUCUAUCUAUCAUUCAUCUAUCUAUCAUUUAUCUAUCUAUCUAUCGAUCUUUCUAUCUAUCUAUCUAUCGAUCUUUCUAUCUAUCUAUCUAACGGUCUAUCUAUCUUUUUAUCUAUCUAUCUAUCUAUCUAUCAUUCAUCUAUCUAUCUAUCUAUCUAUCUAUCUAUCUAUCAUCUAUCUAUCUAUCUAUCUAUCUAUCUAUCUAUCUAUCAUUCAUCUAUCUAUCUAUCUAUCUAUCAUUCAUCUAUCUAUCUAUCUAUCAUCUAUCUAUCUAUCUAUCUAUCUAUCUAUCUAUCUAUCUAUCAUUCAUCUAUCUAUCUAUCUAUCUAUCAUUCAUCUAUCUAUCUAUCUAUCUAUCUAUCUAUCUAUCUAUCUAUCUAUCUAUCUAUCUAUCUAUCUAUCUAUCAUUUGUAUGGGGCCCAGUGAAGCAGGGCACCAGAUGACCAGAUGGCUUCCCGGCUCUGUAAUGUUAUGCAACCCACCUGGGUAGAUAGAAAUAUCUCCCUGACCAGACCACAAUGAAAAUCUCCAGCUUGGUGGGUUGUAACAGCUCGAUGUCAUAUCACAAGAUGAACUAUAGCGCUGGUAGAUUUCUGCUCUUUAGUCUCUUUAUUUUGUUUAAUAAUGAGCUUGUUAGAACUGAAAGCCACAGCUCAGCAAAGGUAGAACAAACUACAUUACAUACAUUUCUACACUGGAUGGUAUAAACUCAAGACAGGGAGUUAAUGGUCCUAAAGGUGCGCACCAGUGACACCACUUGUGUCAAUGAUCUAUCUAUCAUUCAUCUAUCUAUCUAUCUAUCUAUCUAUCUAUCAUUCAUCUAUCUAUCUAUCUAUCUAUCUAUCAUUCAUCUAUCUAUCUAUCUAUCUAUCUAUCAUUCAUCUAUCUAUCUAUCUAUCAUUCAUCUAUCUAUCUAUCUAUCUAUCUAUCUAUCUAUCUAUCUGUCUGUCUGUCUGUCUCUCUCUCUGUCUAUCUAUCUAUCUAUCUAUCUAUCGGUCUAUCUAUCUUUUUAUCUAUCUAUCUAUCUAUCUAUCUAUCUAUCUAUCUAUCUAUCUGUCUCUCUAUCGAUUUAUCUAUCUAUCUAUCUAUCUGUCUGUCUCUCUGCCUAUCUAUCUAUCUAUCUAUCUAUCUAUCACCUAUCUGUUUAUCUCUCAAUAUAUCAAUUUAUACGUUUGUGUAUCAGUAUCUCUAUUUGGUUACAUGUCUGUCCUGUCUAUCUGUCUGUCAAUAUAUCUAUUUAUCUGUGUGUCUAUAUAAAUAUUUCUGUUUCGUUGUCUUUACUUUGUGUUUAACAUCUGUUUGUUAUUAUUGGUAUGCAUGGUGAUGAUGUUUACUUCCUGUCAGGUGAUACACACGGUUGCUAUAUAUGAGCAGUGUUAAAUUGAGAACAAAUGCUUUAUGAAAGAUUGUCUUAUGGAUACGGUGUUGGUGUUUCCUGGAAAAUAUAAUGCUCAAGCUAAUUUCUGAUUUGUGGAUUCUUGAGGGACGUGCUAUGCUAUCCAUUCUCCCUAUACUGACAAAAAUCAGAAUCCUCCAUGCUGGGCCAUCAUUUUUCUUUAUUAAUAUUACCUACAUGUGUUACUGGGACAAAAAAGGCACCAGAGCAUAUCCUAUGUCACUCUUACUUCUGGCAUGCAACAUAUAGGUCAGGGAUCUCAAACUGUGACCUCCGCCUGUUCCUAAACUACAAUUCCCAUGAUUCACUGACUAUCUUCUGCAUUUAAUGAAUUCUAGGAAAUGUAGGCCAUAGACAUCUGUGGAGCAGCACUAGGGGCUGGGUGCUCUAUAUUCAGGUAUGCUAGUAGGGCAGAGUUUGACUGAUGUAUCAUCGGUAGGAGGUCUUUCAAGAUACAAACAUGGUUAUUAAUUCUUGACCCUUGUGCAGAACUUGACUGUCUAAUCUAUAACAUGAAACUUAUAUACCUUAUAGGAUGUACUUUCGACAAAACUUUAACUAUAACAUUAUUCAUGAAGUGUAUCCUUUAGAGGUCUCCCAUCUGGAUAUGAUCCUGUCCCAAUGGGAGACCUUUGUUUUGGAUCCUGUUCCGUUGCCCCGAGGGAACUGUCCCUAACCAGUUAGACAUGCUCACUCUGUGCUCAGGGCAUUAGGACCAACAGUAUAUAGAGCAGACUUCUCACAAACUUAAAUAUCGUAUGGGAGAAAAUAUCAAUUUGAUUAUGAAUAAUGGCAGUGACAAUCUGAUACCUUUAGCAAUGCACUUUAAAAUGUGUAGUUCUUCUAAUUUAGAAUUUCUUAGUAGACAAACUAUGCUGGAGGCAGACGUUAAGGUAAGAGUAGGCAUUGCUAGAAAACCUUUGUGUUAUUUAGAGGCCAAAUGGAUUUUUUAGAGUACUGUAUAUAUUGAAUUUUGUUUCUGAUAUGUCAUGGCUUGCAUAGAUUGUUUGUUACUUGGAACUGUGUACCAUUGGUUAUAGGCUACUCUACGUCAUCAUGCCGGUGGUGCUUAUUUUUUUAAUAAGAUGAUGUUAAAUUAUAUAUAUAUAAAUAAUAUGUAGAGAUAUAUUUCAUAUACUCAUUAUUUUUAGUAUAGACAUUACUAGUAGUGUAUUUAUGAUAUUAUUGAGUGGUAUGUAUUAGUGAGAUGGGACUAGAUUAUGAGGGUAUUACUUCCAAUUUCGAGUUGAUGUUGUAAAAUUCUAGGGGUCUACCCUUCGGUUUCUGGAUUAGGCAGAUUAGAUUAAAUCUACUCUAUUUAUGUUACUUAUAAUAAUUUGUUUAGCUUUUUUAGUUUUUUUCUCCACUUUUUCAUUUUUGUUUUUGACUGAUUUAUUUCAUUUGUAUUUAUUAUAUAUUUAGUUUGCAUUCAUUAAUAUUAUUUUGUUGUUUAUAGCUUAGAUUUCUUAUUUCUGCUCUCUGGGAUUUAUUUAUUUUUGGUUGUCAUAGUUUUCAUGGUUAUCUUUCCUCAGCCCCUCUGGGAGUCACAGAUAAAUUGUUGCCCUAUUAAGGUGUGUGUUGCCUUAAAUGAAUAACUUCAAUUUAUUUGGGAUGGGACAUCUUCCUAUUUAAGUUGCUUCUUGGAAUCCCAAGGGCGUGCCUUUGAAUAAGUGCCUUUGAGCAUGUAACGUGAAGCGGGGAGGAGGGGUAACACUGUUGAUACUUUGUAUCCAUCCUAACACAUCUUUUUUAAAUGUUGUUUCAUUGACAUAUAAUGUUUUUACUAAGUACAAAUGAAGGAGCAGUAUUGUCUUUGAAAAAUUUACAUUUCUGUCCAUUUGGAUUUUGAAGCUACAUGUUUCAAAUCAAAGCUCAUUAAAGGGACACCAUAGUCACCAGAACAACUACAGCUUAAUGUAGUUGUUCUGGUGAGUAUAGUAGCUCCCUUCAGGCAUUUUCCGAAAAGGCAGUGUUUACAUUGCCUCUAGGGACACCUCCAAGUGGCCACUCCUUAGAUGGCCACUGGAGUGGCUUCCUGGCUCAGGGCUGCACAGUAGGCAGCCCUGUCGAUCAGCAUCCCCAUGCUCUGCAUGGAGACACUGAAUAUUUCUCAUAGAGAUGCAUUGAUUCAAGGAGGUCCUGAUUGGCCAAAACGGCAUUUGGCCCCGCCCCCGUGCUGAUUUUAGCCAAUCCAAUGCUUUCCCUAUGGGGGAUAAGAAAAUAUUAAUUAAACAGAACCAGGGCCGUCUUUAGCACGGGGCAAACGGGGCAGUUGCCCCGGGCCCAGUUGCUCCUGGGGGGCCCCAGAGCAGCUGCCCCGUGGGCCCGUGAUUUCAGCAGCCCCACCGGCCCGCCAACUAAGGAGGCCCCCCGGGUGGCCCAUGCACUAAGGGCCACCCGGUUACCAUGUGUCAGCAGGGGCACGGUCGGGCGCUGUGACGCUUAAACAGCGCGACCGGGCCCCUUUCUGUACCGGCUGGGAGGAAGUGAGUGCGGCGUGUCACUUCCUCCCACCGGAGAUAAUAGCCGUGUGGGAGGAGGAAGGUAGGGAGGAGGGGAGUUCUUCAAGAUAACUCCCAAUUGCCUCUGCCUGCCACUGGACCCCAGGGAAACCACCCUCCAUAAAAAGGUAAGAACCUGGAGGGUGGCUAAAUGUAUGUCAGUAUGUCUGUGUGUUUGUUAGUAUGUCUGUGUGUGUGUGCCAGUAUGUCUGUGUGUGUGUGUGUAUGUCAGUAUGUCUGUGUUAGUAUGUCUGUGUGUGUGUGUAUGUCAGUAUGUUUGUGUGUGUGUGUGUAUGUGUGUGUGUGUUUGUGUCAGUAUGUAUGUGUGUGAGUAUGUAUGUCAGUAUGUCUGUGUGUAUGUGCUAGUAUGUCUGUGUGUGUGUAUGUCAGUAUGUCUGUAUGUGUAUGUAUGUCAGUAUGUCUCUGUGUGUGUUAGUAUGUCUGUGUGUGUAUGCUAGUAUGUCUGUGUGUGUGUGCUAGUAUGUCUGUGUGUGUGUGUGUUAGUAUGUCUGUGUGUGUGUGUGUGUGUAUGUCAGUAUGUAUGUGUUAGUAUGUCUCUGUGUGUGUGUGUGUGUGUGUAUGUCAGUAUGUUUGUGUGUGUGUAUGUGUGUGUGUGUUUGUGUCAGUAUGUGUGUGUGUUUGUGUCAGUAUGUGUGUGUGUGUAUUUCAGUAUGUCUGUGUGCAUGUGUUAGUAUGUCUGUGUGUGUGUAUGUCAGUAUGUCUGUGUGUGUAUGUAUGUCAGUAUGUCUGUGUGUGUGUUAGUAUGUCUGUGUGUGUGUAUGUCAGUAUGACAGACAUACUGACAUACACACACAGACACACUGACAUACACAUACACACACAGACACACUGACAUAAACAUACACACACUGACAUACACACACAGACAUACUGACAUACACACACAAACAUAUACACACACAAACAUACUGACACACACACACAGACAUACUAACAUACAUGUACAGACAUGCUGACAUACACACAAAGACAUACUGACAUACACACACACAGACAUACUAACACACACACACAGACAUACUAACACACACACACUAACACACACACACAGACAUACUAACACACACACACACAGAGACAUACUGUGUGUGUAUAUGUCUGUGUGUGUAUGUCAGUUUGUCUGUGUAUGUCAAUACGCCUGUCAGUGUAUGUGUUUCAGUAUUUCUGUCAGUGUAUGUGUUUGUGUGUGUGUCAGUAUAUAUGUCAGUGUAUGUGUCUGUUUUUAUGUAUGUGUGUCUGUGUGUGUAUCAGUAUGUCUGAAUGUGUGUCAAUAUAUUUGCCAGUAUAUAUUUGUGUGUCAGUGUAUGUGUGUGUCAGUAUGUAUCUGCAAAUGUUUUAAUAUGUCUGUCUGUGUGUGUAUGUGUCAGUAUAUCUGUCAGUGUGAUUGCGGGUUGGGCGUAAUGGGGAGGGGGGCGCAGGGACAGGGCCCAGGGGGCCCAAGAAAAUGCUUUGCCCAGGGUCCUAUUCAUAUUAUAGACGGCCCUGAACAGAACUUGCAAUAAAGAAAGCCUAAAUAGGGCUCUCUUUACAGGAAGUGUUUAUGGAAGGCUGUGCAAGUCACAUGCUGGGAGGUGUGACUAGGGUUCAUAAACAAAGGGAUUUAACUCCUAAAUGGCAGAGGAUUGAGCAGUGAGGCUGCAGGGGCAUGUUCUAUACACCAAAACUGCUUCAUUAAGCUAAAGUUGUUCAGGUGACUAUAGUGUCCCUUUAACCCCUUAAGGACACAUGACAUGUGUGACAUGUCAUGAUUCCCUUUUAUUCCAGAAGUUUGGUCCUUAAGUGGUUAAUGUUAAAUAAAUAGUAUUUUCCCUAUGGGAAAGCAUUGGAUUGGCUAAAAAUCGCCCAUUUUGAUGUUCUCUCACAAAGGGUGGCGGAGCCAGCGCCGGCAGACCCGCGCAACGCUAGAAAUAAGGUGAGUUUUAUACUUUUAUAGUGAGGCUAAGGUGGGUUUAGACCUAUAGGGUCAGGAAUACAUGUUUGUGUUUCUGACCCUAUAGUGAUCCUUUAAUUGAAAAGAUAACUUGCCUUGUCUGAAACUCCCGGGAAAGGUUCAUAUCCCCCAGUUGAAAUUGUUUUGGUGCUCAGAGUGACAAUGUAUCUCUGUGUUUCCAUUAAAUAAAAUUUAAAAAAAACUAUGCAAAACGUUAUGUGUGUUCGACUUUAGUUAAAAGGUUACUUCAGCCACCAUGGCCACUUCUGUUUUUAGGAGGUGGUAGCAGUCCUGUAUGUGCAGUGUUUCUCCUUGAAACACGGCACACACUGAGAUAUAUUAACUAUUGUGCUGAAGGCUAGUUACACCCCAAGCUCUAGAAUUCUAGACUGCCUAGUGUCAAUCAUCUUCUUAUCUUAUGUAUAUUGUCUGUGCGCACCGUGCUAUGGCAACAGAGGUGAUGAGCUUCUGCCUGCAUUUCAAUCCUUGCCAUCAUUAAGUACAGCCAUUCCCACCUCCCUGUAAAAAUACUAUUUUUAAAAAUUGUUAUUCCACCCCAAUCUUCCUCUCUUUCCCCCUCACCUUGCCUGCUGAGAGUAUGGGCAUGCACCUGGAGCUGGCAAAACAGUCCAGUCAGUGGCUUUGCUAUGAGAAGUCUUUGAUUGGACCACGCAAGUCCCUUGCUGACAUACGGUGGAGGUGAGGAAGACAGCGCUAAGCACCAUAACUACCAUAACAACUACAUGAUGUAUAUUAUGAUGAAAAUAAUCUUUAUGUGCCACCUAGCCUUCAUGUUUUUAGUCAAAUUAUUUUAGAGUAGUGUAACAUUAAUUGUACUCUCCUGACUUCCAAAGAUUAACCCCAUUGGAUAGUGCUUCAAUGCUUGCAGAUACAAAGCAGAUACAAGUGCAACAGGACAUUGGGUGACUGGAGAACCUAAUUUUUAUUAUUUUCUUCUCAAUCAGCUCAAAGAUGGAUUGACAGAAAACAAAGGAUUGGCACUCAAAGACUCCUUGCACCAUCGCCAAUGCCUUAACCAAUACAAAAAAACUGUGAAUGUCCAUUUAAGAUAAAUACAGAUUGAUGAGUGACACCAUUAAGUUAAUUUGUUACUAUAAUCGUAGUUAAAAAAAAAUCUUUCACAGUUAUUUAUGCUUGAAAAAAUACCACUGAAAUGCGGUUACGCAGAGAAGUGUUUUGAAGACUUUAGCUUGCAGCAAAAAACGAAUGUGUGAUUCCAAUAAAAACAUCGCUUAUAAUCAGGAAACCACAAUGUGAUCUAAUUGCUGCAUAAAAACAAACUUUGGGAACACUACGGGGAAAUAGAAAUUACUUCUUUCAGUCCAAUAUUGUAAAUAGAGAACACUCUGUGCCUCUUACUACACAGUAACUAACAUAUUUAAACUAACAAUGGGACUGAGUCCAUUGAAAAUGAAAAUCAUUUAACAGCAGCAAGUUACAAUGUCUUAUGUUUUUACCCCAAAAUGGUUUUAUCUCACUUUGUAAAAUGCAAAACACAAUAAAGGUACAUAAAAAUAUAAAAUGUAGCAUGCAAUAAAAUAAAACCACUAAAAGGUUUUUUAUUUUUUUAUUUUUUUUAAGAAAACACUAGUUUGGGUUACAGUAUUAUCAGUAUUAUCCAGCUCCCUCCCUAAACUUGAAAAAAAAUUAAAUAAAUAUCAGCGUGCCGAUGGCCAAGUUCAUCAACUUGUCUUUCUAGCUGCCGGGGGAGGGAUGUAGGUGGCUGAGAGGAAUACAUGAGCGGCAUUAAGUGGGACUGUGUAGCAUGCUCAGUAUGUGCAGCAUUUCAUAGCAAAGCGCCACGCAUACAGUCGCCAGACACCUUAACCACUUCGAAUGACUGAGUGUGUGGAGUAAACCUUUAAAUGACUACAACUUUUCGUCUACCGGUAGUUUUUUUAUUAGAGAAAUGUGUACAAGGAUGCUCACUAAAGUGUGAAUUGGGAACUCAAAGGUAAAUUCAAAGUGAAUGUAAUAUUUUAGGCAAAAGUGAGGACAUAGCGCACAUGAAGAAUUUAGAGAUUUUAAAGAUUUGCACUUAUCUGAAUAGCCUUGAUCAUUUAAAUUAAAGGAACACUAUAGUCACCUAAAUUACUUUAGCUAAAUAAAGCAGUUUUAGUGUAUACAUCAUUCCCCUGCAAUUUCACUGCUCAAUUCACUGUCAUUUAGGAGUUAAAUCACUUUGUUUCUGUUUCUGCAGCCAUAGCCACACCUCCCCUGGCUAUGAUUGACAGAGCCUGCAUGAAAAAAAAAACUGGUUUCACUUUCAAACAGAUGUAAUUUACCUUAAAUAAUUGUAUCUCAAUCUCUAAAUUGAACUUUAAUCACAUACAGGAGGCUCUUGCAGGGUCUAGCAAGCUAUUAACAUAGCAUGUGAUAAGAAAAUUGUAAUUAAACAGAACUUGCAAUAAAGAAAGCCUAAAUAGGGCUCUCUUUACAGGAAGUGUUAAUGGAAGGCUGUGCAAGUCACAUACAGGGAGGUGUGACUAGGGUUGAUAAACAAAGGGAUUUAACUCGUAAAUGGCAGAGGAUUGAGCAGUGAGGCUGCGGGGGCAUGUUCUAUACACCAAAACUGCUUCAUUAAGCUAAAGUUGUUCAGGUGACUAUAGUGUCCCUUUAAUGUUAAAUAAAUAGUAUUUUGAACAAAAGCAAAAUACAGAUGUUGACCAUAUAUAUACAAAACAACCAUAUUAAAUUUCUUUACAUAAAUCACUUAAAACAAAAACACUGAGAGCGUACCAUUUCUAGCUCUCUUAUUCAUAGAUAUAUAGAUAUAGGAUUCUAAUAUAAAUUAUAUCUCAAUACAGCCCUGGUGAAAUUCAGUUAAAAAAAAAAAAAAACACAAAUCCACCAAAAAUGUUUGAUUAGCUAUGUUUAAUAGCAUCAGGUAGAAAAUAUAAAACAUAUUCCAAGUGUAACACAAUAACCAUGAUUAUAAAUCAUGCCAAGAUUAAAACUGUGUGCUAUUCAACUACAACAUUGGAAAUAAAUUGAAUUAAAAGGAACCACUCAUUACUCAGUUUUUGUGUGAAGUCUAAGUGUUACCGCUCUAUUUUGACACAUAUAGUAUAAACACCUCUAGGAACAAACAUUUUGAGAAGCAAAUGAGAGAACAUCUGACAUGUAACAUCUUACCUUUUUCUUCCAGGCACCAAAGAAACCGCUUUUAUAUCUGCUGUGACCGCCGCAGGUCUUGUGCAUUCUGUAACGAGGUCAUGCAGUGCGGGAAACAUGACGGAAUGUUCCUGUGACACAAGCCUUCAGAAUGGGGGCUCUGCCAGCGAAGGGUGGCAUUGGGGAGGCUGCUCGGAUGACCUCCAGUAUGGAAUGUGGUUCAGUCGAAAGUUCCUUGACACCCCAUAUAAAAAUUCCACUUCGUACGAGUCUGAUGUGCUCAGAGUAAUGCAAUUACAUAACAAUGAAGCUGGAAGACAGGUACGAAUUGACGUCAUUUGUUUCUAAAAUAUCUGUAGUUAGCAUUCUCACCUGGAAACCAGCUCUACAUCAUUAGGGCACAGUAAAGAAACUGGGAUUAUAGGUAAAUGAAGGAAUUUUUCCCUAAUCAACUAGUUGGGCCGGAAUUGUAGAAAAUAGUUUUUCAGUUUACCAUACCUUGGCCUGAAGAAUAAAUUACAUUCUGGACAUAAAUUAACUAGUUACUGUUUGAAAAAUAAUCCUAAAAAGCAUUGGUGCAUGAGAAUAAAAAAUAAUAAUAAUAAUAUUCCUAAUAACUUUUUAUUUGAAUAUUUGAUUUUAUUGCAUUUUUUUUUGAGGAAGAAUCAAAAUGUUUACAUAUUAACAACACAUAGCAUUACAUUAUUUAAUGUUUUGUUAUUUGAAUAUUAACCUUUAAAAACCAAGACAGAGAAUUUAAUUACACUUUUGUGAUAAAUAGUGAAUAGUGACCUUAAUGUAAUAUUUUCGGAUAAGCUUUUAAAAUGAUUUCAUAUUUUGAGAAAUAUGUUAAUAUUUUAAUUUGUUUUUACAUAUUGAUAUCUUUUUUUAUAUGUUAUAUAUUUUUUUAUAUUUUAAUAUCUUGAAAAAAACUAAACAUUUUAAAAGUUUAUCCAAAAAUAUUAAAUAAUUUCAAAUGUUUAUCCAAAAAUAUAAAAUCGUGACAAAAUCUACAAUGUAAUUAUAUCCCCUGUACAAAAAAGAAAACACGUUAAAAAGAAAAUGCUACUAUGUAUUUUUAUUGGGUGAUCAGUCAACAAACUAAACUAGUCCUAGUUUUUACAUUUAUUUGCAUAUAAGAUUGUUAUAAAAAAUUAUACAUUUUACUAGCAGUAUAGUAAAAUUUUAUAAUAAUGUGGCUAUAUAUAAUUAAUAAAUAGUGAUGUCCCAAACGGUUCGCCGAACGGUUCGCAACGGACUCAUCAUUGAGUAAACUUUGACCCUGUACCUCACAGUCAGCAGACACAUUCCAGCCAAUCAGCAGCAGACCCUCCCUCCCAGACCCUUCCACCUCCUGGACAGCUCACUAAGAAUGCAGCUUCACAAUGAAUGUAAAAUGGAUGGUGUCCAGGAGGUGGGAGGGUCUGGGAGGGAGGGUCUGCUGCUGAUUGGCUGGAAUGUGUCUGCUGACUGUGAGGUACAGGGUCCAAGUUUACUCAAUGAUGAGUCCGUGGCGAACCUUUCGCGAACCGUUCGCGAACCGUUCGGGACAUCACAAUUAAUAAAGCAAAAAUUGCAAUUACAAAAAACUAUUCUUUAUAUAGUGACAGCAUAUUCCGCAGUGCUGUACAAUAGGUAUACUAAAUGAAUACUAAAUUCUAUCAAAACAUGAAUGACAUGCUGAAACAGCAGGUGAAGAAGGCCCUGCCCAAAUUGGCUUACACUCUCAAUUGCAGUUAACCCAAGUAGUAAUUUAGUAUUCAAACAGAAAGAUAGUGUGAAAUGUACUAUCUCACUGUUUGAAUAGUAAAUUAGUACUUGUGUUUACUGCAAUGUGUGGAUUCUAAACUCAUAUGGGCAGAGCCCUCUUCACUUGCUGUUCCAGUAUGUCAAUCAUGGACCUGUGCUAAAUGCAAUUAUUGCAUUAUUAAUUAACAUCUAGACUUUUCCCCCUGUAUUACUGCAUGGCUAUUUUCCAAGCAUUUCACACCAUAUCCCAUUGGCUAAAUAUUGCAAUCCAGCCAUUGCUUUUUCAUGUUUAAUUUAAUAGGAUUUAUUUUCAAAUUAUCUCUCAUGACCCCACGUAUGUGUAUCAUAACACAACUUCCUGGGUUACCUUUCCAUUUAAGGUUCCUUUUCGGAACCUCAGAUGGAAAAAUGCUGGGUUGACUCUGUAAAGAAUUAAUCUAAAUGAUUUAUUAUUAUUGCGUUCAGAAACUGCCUGGUAUUUGAAAUUAUUUUUUUUGCUGCUUCAAAUCUUACUGAUCAGCCCCAUGUUUCUCUUGUAUAUAGGCUGUAGUCAAGCUUAUGACUGUGGAUUGUCGCUGCCAUGGGGUCUCUGGGUCAUGUGCCGUAAAAACCUGCUGGAAAUCAAUGUCCUCAUUUGAAAGAAUUGGUAGUUAUCUAAAGGACAAAUAUGAAAACAGCGUACAAAUAGCAGACAAGAUAAAACGAAAGGUACGGAGGAAAGAAAAGAAUUAUCGCAAAGUUCCCAUUCGAAAAGACGACCUUAUCUAUACCAACAAAUCCCCAAAUUAUUGUGUAGAGGAUCUGAAACUUGGAAUAUCUGGGACACAUGGACGUGUAUGCAAUCGAACAUCAGAGGGACCAGAUAGCUGUAAUCUACUCUGCUGUGGUCGUGGUUAUAAUACGCACGUGGUACGACACGUGGAAAGAUGCGAGUGUAAAUUUGUCUGGUGCUGCUAUGUUCGAUGCAGACGAUGUGAAAGUAUGACUGAUGUCCACACUUGUAAAUAGUGUUUUCUCUGCAACAGAAAAAGUAUACAGACAAAAACAUUGCCUAUAUAACAGCAGAAUCAUACGUCCUGGAAUAAAAGGCAGGCACAAUGCCCCCAUGACACCUUGGUUAUAUUUGUCAAGCAAAUCCAUGUUAUUAUGUGAUCAUUCUCACAUUCUGAAAAUACUUCCACAACUUUCAGGGAUAUUAUGCAGAACACUCUCGAUAAACAGAAAGACUUUUACCAAAUUCACGUAGCCAAAUGAAUGUUUUAGUUAAUUCUUUAUUUUCGUACUUUGAUGCAGAAUGGUGGUUUAAUCAGAUAUAACGUCAUAAUAAUAUAACGAAUAUUUAUGUUUCUUUGGAUGUGUGCAAGCAUGAAUCUUUCAAUGCAGGGAUAUGAAUUGCUAAUUUUGACAUAGAUGAGAAAUUAACCAAGCAAUAGCAGUUGAUGACAUAUUCAUGCUAUGUCCCAUUUAGACUUUAUCUCGAUAUGUUUUAUAUAGGGUAUCAAUUAUUAGCUUCUAAGGCCUUUCAAAGACACCUCUUAUUCUUCAAAUAUUCACUUAUUGAUUAAAGAAUGAGACCAUUUACUGGGAAAUUCCAAAAUCUCAGUGACUUAGCAGAAUUUGAUCAGCAUGUUGUUGGGGCAAAGGUAAAGGAAUCCUUAAGUUUCAGGUGACUUCAAAGAAUGAACAAUUUAGUAUCUCAUAUCAUUGGAUUGCAAAGACCCAGCAUUCUGUCCAAAAAUGAUUAUGCCUCGGUGCUUACAAAUACAUUUGCAAAAAAGAGAGAACUCACAGGACUUAAUAUCCAAAAUUCAAUGUUCCACUUAAUUGCAGCACAGUGACUUUAAGCAAAGAAUUGACGGUUCAGUCCUCUUAUCUUGAAAAAAGGCUGCGAGAGGACUGAGAUGUCUAAAGUCACUGUGUUGCAAUAAAGAGCAACAUUGCUUUUUUGGAAUAUAAAUCCCUGUGUGUGCUAAACAGCUGCAUAACUUUUGCUUUAAGUAACAUGCAAAUAGAGUUGACAUUGAACUCUUUGUUGGAGACAAAUUAGCGUGGGAUAACCAUUGAGUUUGUGUAUUAGAAAAAAAAAAAUUACUCUG